UGCUUCCAGGUGGGACUGGUGUACAUGUUUAACCUCAUCGUGGGCACAGGUGCGCUCACCAUGCCCAAGGCCUUUGCCACCGCGGGGUGGCUGGUCAGCCUGGUCCUGCUGGUGUUCCUGGGCUUCAUGAGCUUUGUGACGACUACCUUCGUGGUAGAGGCCAUGGCGGCGGCCAACGCUCAGCUCCACUGGAAGAGGAUGGAAAACCACCAGGAGGAGGAAGAUGACGACUCCUCCACGGCCUCUGACAGUGAUGUCCUUGUCCAGGACAACUACGAGCGGGCAGAGAAACGGCCCAUCCUGUCAGUGCAGAGACGUGGAUCUCUGAACCUUUUUGAAAUCACAGACCGGGUGGAAAUGGGACAGAUGGCCUCCAUGUUCUUCAAUAAAGUGGGGGUCAACUUGUUCUAUUUCUGCAUCAUCAUUUACCUGUACGGGGAUUUGGCCAUCUACGCUGCCGCCGUGCCCUUCUCCCUCAUGCAGGUGACCUGCAGUGCCACUGGCAACGAAUCCUGUGGUGUGGAGGCCGACAGCAAGCACAACGACACGGACCCGUGCUGGGGGCCCCUGCGCCGCGUGGACGCCUACCGCAUCUACUUGGUGGCCUCUUCAGAUCAUUAAGGAGGAGGGUUAUACUCCUCCCCCUACCCCUCAGUCAUUCAUGUUCAGAAGAUUGUUCAUCCCUUCUAGAGACUCCCACUGCACCUCUUUCUACCUGCGGUUUCUGAUUUUGCUGGCAGCGAGACUUCACCAAAAGGUGAGGCAAGGUGGCAGGCAGCUUUAAAGCACCCCCAGCCCGUGCACAACCAUCUCCUUGUCUCAGGUAGAUGAUGCACCUUCCCAGCCGGCGUGUUUCGAAGGGCCUUGUAAUAACCAUCUCUUCAUUGCUAUUUUGGGACAGUCCAUUCUGGGGAAUAAAAGUACAGGCUUUUA